AUGAAUAUAGCAGAGCAAACAACGGUUACCAACAAGGCGUCGAGAAAGCUGCUAUCAAUGGAAUCCAAUCCCAAUGCCAAUGCCUCCAAGAUCGUGAGGGUUCGAGUCACCGACGGCGACGCGACGGAUUCUUCCUCGAGCGACAAAACCGAGCACCGGAGAGUUAAGAGGCACUUAAACGACGUCGGGAUCGAUGACUGUUCCGCCUUCAACCUCACCAAGCAAGCCAAGAAACAACAACGACAACAAGGUUUGUCGAAAUGUGUGAAGUACCGAGAUGAUCGGAAAAGGCCGUGGGGUAAAUGGGCGGAAAAAAUCAGAGACCCCGCGAGUCGAACCAGGGACAAAGCCGAAGAAGCUGCGUUGGUUUACGAUAGAACCGCGGUUCGGAUCAAACGCCCCAACGCUGUUAGCAACUUCGAAUUGGAAACGAUUCCGGGGUAUAAUUCUGGGCAAGAAUCUCAGUCCCUUUCCUCCCCUACAUCUGUUCUCAGGUUGGCUGAGCUUCAAACUUUUCGAAAGAUGUUAACUCGCCGGAGCUCACGGGAAAAGAGUGCAACCGGACCAGUAACUUAUCAGAUGAGUAUUUGUUAA